UGGAGCUACAGUAGUCACAUGCAUCUGUCAGCUGUCAUAUCACUGCAGUCCUUUUAAGAAGAAACAACAGUGCAACAAAUGUGUCUCUACAGGAACAUAGUAUGGUUUAUGAAGGGAAUGAGGGAGUAUACAAGGUCUGGAUUUGAGAAUGCCUCUAAGAGCUUUGUAGCGAAGGACCUGGAUGUGUCCGUGGUAGGACGAUCCUUCAUGAUCACUGGAGCCAACAGCGGAAUAGGGAAGGCAACAGCCAUGGCCAUAGCCAAAAAAGGUGGCACCGUUCAUAUUGUCUGCCGGAACAAAGAGCGAGCAGAAAGAGCCAGAGAAGAAAUCAUCUCAGCGAGUGGAAAUACUGAGGUUUACGUCCACGUGCUGGACCUCUCCGAGACGAGGAAGGUGUGGGAGUUCGCCGAGGCCUUUAAGAAGGAGCAUGCUUCUCUCAAUGUUUUGAUCAAUAAUGCCGGAUGUAUGGUGAACCAGAGGGAAAUCAACUCUGACGGACUGGAGAAAAAUUUCGCGACCAAUACUCUUGGUGUUUAUGUUCUGACUAAAUGUCUGAUUCCACUGCUGGAGAAGAGCAGGGACCCCCGAGUUAUCACGGUGUCAUCUGGAGGGAUGCUGGUACAGAAACUCAUCACGGAUGACCUGCAGACAGAGAGAGCUCCGUUUGACGGUUCCAUGGUAUAUGCACAAAACAAGAGGCAGCAGGUAGUGAUGACAGAGGUCUGGGCGAAAGCAAAUCCCAAAGUUCAUUUCUCUGCGAUGCACCCUGGGUGGGCUGACACACCAGCGGUUGCCAAGGCGAUGCCUCAGUUCCAUCAGAUGAUGCGUGAUCGCCUGCGUUCGGCGGAGCAGGGAGCCGAUACGGUCGUCGUCUGGCUCGCGUCGCGUCGCGCCGCCGCUGCGCUGCACAGCGGCCUUUUCUUCCAAGAUCGACAGCCGGUUUUAACACACCUGCCCCUGGCUUGGACGCACAGCUCUCGGCGGGACGCCAAAGCGUUCAUGGGCCGGCUGGAGACUUUGGCGAUGGCUGUCAAACCCUCAGAGUGAGAUAUUACACAUAGAGCAUGUCAGAUAACUGAGAGGUUUGAUGGUGUGUAGUACUAAAACACCAUUCAUACCAUCUGUAACAAAUAAUGAUAUAUGAAGCUUUUUCUCUACAACUCUAACUGCUAAAUAAUCACACAGAAGCUAAAGCUGGUCUUAAAAGAGUGAAACAGGAUGUUUAACCAAAAAAAUAUAAAUAAAUGUAGGAUGAAAUAAAUCCUACCUUAACUGGAUUAGACCGUCUCCAUAUUGUUGAGUUUGUAAUCAUUUGUGAAAACUAUCUCCCUUUCAUCCAUUUGAUCAAAGAUUAAAUAAAAUAAACCUGUUUUA